CACUACUCUGUAAGUAAACAUCGAAGCAAGCAGAUUAAUCAGAAUGUUAAAUUCAACAUUUCCAUUGUUUUUCAUUCAUCGAGUGUAUCGAAGGAAGUUAAAGAUAAGAAUACCUGAUGAUAACAAUUUUUUGUUUACAGCAUUGCAACUUUUGAAUCUGAAGAAAAUUGUAUUCUGUAAACAUAGCUAGUAUUUAAAGAGCGCCAAGCUUAGAAUGCAGAAAGACUGAUUUAUUUUGCAGAAGUGGUACGAAAAUUAUAGAAAUAUUAAAAAAUAUUUCAAAGAAUUGUGUUUAUUAAUUCGCUUAAUUAUUUAUUACAUUUUAUACGACAAUUGUGGCUUACCAUGACACCACACAGUAAUAUUUUUUGGCUUUUAAAUAACCCUUAUAAAUAUUAUUAUGAAAAAUUACGUAUAUCGAUUUUAAAAGAAGCCAACGAAAUAAUAUUAAACAUGUUUAGAUAAUAUAAUACAUUAUUCUGGAUUGAAACGACAAACAGUUUGAACACUAAACUAUACAGCAUCAAUUACGGAGAUGGCUAAGGACUUUCCUUAUGAGAUGAGACCUUUCAAUACGGAAGAAAAUGAACAGCUCAAAGAAUGUAUUCAAGUGUCUUCGAAGUACUACCGCGUGGGUCCUAAAGGUUACGUAGUCUCCAAGGGAUACACGGAUGAUGCUGCUGAAAUUUACAAUUUUCUUCUUAGGCCCGAUGAUGUAUUUGUCGUCAGUUUUCCGAAAUCAGGAACAACUUGGACUCAAGAAUUAGUCUGGUUAAUAUUAAACGGUUUAGAUUAUGAGAAAGCCAAGAGCAUCCCUUUGACUGAAAGAUCGCCAUUUUUAGAACUUCUGGGUUUCAUGGAUGCAGAAGAUAUGUCUAUGGAAGAUAGGAAUCCUCUUGAAAAGACAUUUAUGCCCCUCUCUAUUAAACAGUUAAACGAAUUACCUUCACAGAGAAUUUUAAAAAGUCAUUUACCUCUAUCUUUGCUCCCGCCCACUCUAUUAGAUAACACCAAGGUCGUGUACAUAGCUCGUGACCCGAGAGAUGUCGCUGUAUCCUACUAUUAUCAUUACAAAUUGAUGCGUUUCACGUCACCAGAGAGGGAUUUCAAAUCAUUUUGGAAACAAUUCAUCAAUAAUAACUUGACUUGGAGCCCUUAUUUCGCUAGUUUUCUAGAGGCUUUUGAAAAGCGAGACCAUCCCAAUAUGCUGUUUCUAUUUUACGAAGAGCUUUCUAAGGAUUUAUCUGCAGUCAUUCGAAAAGUGGCCGAUUUCUUUAAUAAAAAACUGUCCGAUGAGCAAAUAGAAGGACUGAGAGAACAUCUUAAGAUAGAUAAUUUCAAGAAGAACAGAUCUGUUAAUUUACAGGAUUUGCAAGAUAAAGGUAUAUUUAGAAGUGAGGGCGGUUUCAUAAGAAAAGGAAAAGUGGGCGGUUGGAGAGAUUACUUUGACGAGGAAAUGACAGCUGAAGCGGGGAAAUGGAUAAACGAAAAUCUUAAGGGAACAGAGUUCAGAUUUCACCAUUUUUGUCAUCGAAAAAUCUGAUGCACGCUGAGCCUACGUCCUUCCGUAAAUCCGGACCAAGCUUCGCCUCUUUGCUCCGCAUGACAGCAAAGUAUCGGAAUAUUUGGCCUGUAUCUGUGCUACCUUCUGUUUAAAACUUGGAUAUCUUCACAGAUAGUGUGAAUAGACUGUUAAUGAGAUAGUGUUAAUACGAUUGAAGUUUAUUUAAACAUGUCGCCGCUGAUAUAAGAAAA